GUCUCCUGAUGGUGGUGGAAGAAGAAAAUUUUGGUCUUUUUUUAUAAGUAUCCUGCCUGUUCUGUCCAGUAAUUAGCUUUAAUUUAGGGACUUUACGGGGCUCAUCUGAUCCUAGUGUGGAAAGUGUGCUAACUUUGCGAGCGGAUAAUUAGGGAUAUUUUAUAGGAAGCUGGUUGUUACGAUCCCCUUCCGGUAGAUGUUAGUUCAUCGUAGAUGGUAGAAGGGAGGUGGCAGAAUUCGUGCACUAGUCAGCAAACGACGCAGGCCAAACGAAAACAGCAGCAGAAGCUAAAGAAGCAGAAGAGCGAAACCAGCACACAGAACAUUCCAAAGGUUCCUUGGUGCUAACGAUACGCACGGAGUUGGCGUGGGCAAGUAAGGCACAAUUAAAGGGGACCAUCCCACCAACGCCGUCGUGGAUAGGUUACAUACAAUUUGUCAUCGAUACUUUGGCCGGGCGUGUGAAUUGUUGAAGCGCUUCGCGAUGGAGCUGCAGCUGCAACGCAAACAAGGUACGGCAGCGGCGGGGACACACGCACAGCAGCGGGACGGUACAGCUGGGGCCGGAUCGGGCAGUGCGAGUAGCGGCUCCGGUGGUGCUAUCAGCAAGAACGACAGCUACGAUAGCUCGCACAGCAGCAGCAACACAGAGGACACCACCGAAACAGAUGAUCGUCGAAGAAAGAUGAUGAAGAACCGUGCCAGAAACAAUAGACUCAUGCAGCAGCAACAGCAUCAAGCUCAGCAAAACACCACAGACAGUGCAAAGGUUGCGGCAGGAAAGAAACUGGCCGAAAACGAACGCAUCACAUUGAUCGUGGACAACACGACCUUUUCGGUGAACGUAUCGAUGUUAACCGCCCAGCCAGAAACCAUGCUCGGUCGAAUGUUCAGCACAGGGUUUGAAUUUACCCAUCCGAACGAGCGAGGCGAGUAUGAGGUGGCCGAAGGAAUCUCGCGCACCGUGUUCCGGGCCAUCCUGGAAUACUAUCUGUCCGGGGUGGUUCGCUGUCCGCCCACCGUUUCCGUACAGGAGCUACGGGAAGCGUGUGACUAUCUGCUCAUCCCGUUCAACGCCAACACAAUCCGCUGUCAGAAUCUGCGCGGUCUGCUGCACGAACUGUCCAACGAGGGUGCGAGCAUACAGUUCGAGGCAUUCCUGGAACAGCUCAUCCUGCCGUUGAUGGUGGACGCCGCACGGCAAGGUCAUCGCGAAUGUCACAUUGUGGUUCUGUCCGAGGAUGACAUUAUCGAUUGGGACGCCGAGUACCCGCCGCAGAUGGGCGAGGAAGACUGCCAAACGGUUGCAAACACAGCCAUGUAUCGGUUCUUUAAAUACAUCGAAAACCGCGACGUCGCCAAACAGGUGUUGAAAGAUCGGGGGCUGAAAAAAAUUCGGCUUGGUAUCGAGGGCUACCCGACGUACAAGGAAAAGAUUAAGCGUCGCCCUAGCGGUCGUAUGGAGGUGAUCUACAACUACUUGCAGCGGCCCUUUAUACAUAUGUCGUGGGAAAAGGAGGAAGCAAAGAGUCGUCAUGUUGACUUCCAGUGCGUUAAAUCCAAAUCGGUUACCAAUCUAGCGGAAGCGACCGCUGAUCCAGCGCUAGAGCUUGAUUCGGCCGGGAAUCCGCUUCCUCAGCGGCACUUUGAAAUAUCGCACGAACCAGAAGCAGAACCGUUUUUGCGACCCGAUGCACUGCUCGACGGCGAGGAGGGUGCCGUCGGAGGGCUGCCCAAUGGGGACGACAUUGGUCUACUGGGGCCAGAGGAAGCGCAGUAGUGAGUAGAGGUUAAUUUGGGUGCCUAGUUCCGCUACAGGGUGCCCUAAGUUCCCUACGUCUACCGGUGAGGUUUGCUCCUUUUCAUCUCCAAUUACGGCUUCAUAAAGCUGGUGACGAAAAGAACUGUAACAUGCUACAAUUCGUAACAAAACGAACAGCUUUUGACUCAAGCACUUCACAUGAAUAGGAAAUCCAUUUAGUACCCGGUUUGAAAUCUGCCGUUUUUGUGCUUGUGUUUUUUCUCCGAGUCUUUAGUCUGUAUGUGUGUCUCUGUUGCCGCGUAAACCUCCCGUUUGUGGUGGUGCUCUUUAAAGGAACUACAGUUUACCUCGACUUUUGAUAUAAUUUGAUUAAUUUAACACGAUUUUCACAUACGCUACGCGGAACUGUUCUCCUCCUGAUGUGUGAUCACCAUGUUACUCAUAUACCCGUUUGGCGCUUUAGGAAUGUAUAUAAAUUGAAACUAACACAGUAUCUCCACAAUUUGACGCAUCGUGCGCGUUCCGGUUGUUUUGAUUUCGUUACCGAUUAACACACGAAGCGCUUUAAUAUUCACGAAAAACUCCUCUUAUUUAUGCGAUUGUUUACGGACCUGUUUUAUAAUGUCUACUCAUGAAACUAAUCCUGAAUAUCGACCAAUACGGUUACGUUAAUAAAUAUAUAUUUUAUGCGCUUAAUCACUACCAAAAUGAAAUCCUCUUUCCCUCCACUUCAUUCGCGUACAUUUGGGCGAUCGUUAUUCUAAUUUCAACGCAGAUAUACACAGUUUUACCUUUUUUAUACCAAGCGAGAAUAAAUAAGAUAAUA